GUAGGAGAAAAUAAAAUUUAGGAUGGCGACACUGCCAACGGGGCACCUUCGAUCGAUGGGCUGCUGUCAACAAAUUCUUUAUAAAAUAUUUAUAAAAUAAAUUUCAUGAUAGACGCAGCUACUCUUUGACGACGUAUUCAUCUCGGCUCAUGUAAAAGUAACAUAGUGUUUCAAGUUGGAUGUAGUGACAACAUCUGGUGCGAUAGUGAAAGUGUUUCUUGUAUCAGUUGAUUCCAUGAUAGUGACGGGGCUGUCGGUCGCUGCCGUAGCAUAUGUGAGCGGAGCCCUCGUGAAUGUUAUGUAAGCGGUAGCACCGUGCGGCAUGUCUUGGAUGAAGCGGGCGCAGGGCGGCGCGGCGCCGCCGCCGGGCUCGGAGCGGCAGGCCUACGCCGCACCCCAGGCACAGCCAUUUGGGAACCAACAGAACAUGUACUCAAAUUUCCAAGGAGGAACAACUGGGAGUGUUCCACCGCAGCAGUUCUGGCAGAUGCCGCCGCAGCAGCAGCCCCAGUACAACCAGCAGUAUGGUCAGGUGUAUCAGCAACAGGACUAUCCCGCCAAUGCUAACCAAUUCUAUCAACAACCAAAUCCUAAUCAAUUUAAUCAGACUUAUACCAACCAAGACUUUAAUAGUACUCAGCAACAAAGUUACCAACAAAACUAUUAUCAAAACCAAGGAGCACAGCAAUCAAACUUCCAACAAAACAAAGCCAAUGCUGACGGCUGGGAGGACAACUGGGAUUGGGGCUGGGAAGAGUCAGCUAAACAAGCUCAAAAGGCAUCCCAGAAUGCUGUUCAGCAGCCUAGUGCCCCUCAGCAACAGGUCUUCAAUAAUGCUAAUGUAAUAGCAGAGAGUUUUGCUUCAACAGAUAGUUGGAAUUGGUCCAUGGAUGACAAGAAAGAACCAAAAGAAACUCCCACUGUGCCUCACAUGAAUGAAAAUAAAGAACCUCCUACACCAGCACAGCCAAAGCCAGCAGCAGAAAAUAAUGCAGUUCCUGACAACAACAUGCCAGUGAGCACCAGUAAUGCUUUGGCGCUAACAGCAGAGGAAGUUCGCACUUUAAAUGACAGAGAAGUGGUCAAGGAACGACUUCCUAAUUUGGCUUUAGGUAAACGCUUCCAUUUAGACAAUUUAACACCGCAGUGGUCCAUUGAAUCACAAAUGUCUCAGGAAUCUAGUGAUGGCCCUCAUACACAAUCUGAAGGAACUUAUAGAAGUGAAAAUCAGUCCAGGAACUCGAGUAAGGGUAGCCCAGGGUUAAACACAGAUAAUUCAAACUUUAAUUAUUCACAAGCUGGGUUAGACGAAGGCUAUUCUCAGAACAGUGAAUGGUCAAGGCCUUCAGAAGAACCAACCUUAGUUGACAGUACACAAACAAACAGCUUGCAGGAAAUUCAUGAGGAACUUUCUGCUCCUAUGCAGGAUAUGAGUUUGAAUAAUCAUGAAAACCCUUCAAACGACAAAUUACAUCCAAUGAAUGAGGUGGUGCCCAAAACCAGUCAAGAACAUGUGCCAGUAACACAAGCACCACCUGUAUUGUCUCCACCUAACUGUCCAGCACCGGUUCCAUCUGUAGUUGCUCCACCAAUAUCCACGACUAUGCCACUUCCACCCGUUUCAUCAGCGCCUUUGCCGACUACUUCGUCAUCUGCCACGCUUUCGGCUCCGCCCUCCUCAUCAGCUAUUCCACCCCCCAAUAUCCCUCCAGCAGCUACCAACCAGAAUCCUUUCAAAAUGAAUGCAGGACCAUUCUCGCACAAAACUAUAGCUAAAGUUUCGACAAGUGCUACAACAGUUCAGGCAUUUCCACCUCCGAUGUCUAGUGCGAAUUUGACGUCGCCAGCUGUUGUUAGCAAAGUUUCUCAGAGUAAUAGAGUGCCUCUGGGGUUUGAGGCAAACUUGGAAACUACUCCAGAUAAUUCAGAACGACCAGACCAGCUCCAAGUAUCGGCCUUCAGACCAAUGGCUGUCUCGCAACAAGUACCCGAUAAUAUGGAAGUAGCACCUAGAAACGAUAGAAAUGAAUAUCUUCAAACUGCUCAUUUGUCAAGCAGUGACUAUGGUGAAAAUACAGAUUUUAGCAGAAGUGCACCACUGCUUGGCUUGCGCCGGAUGGUAGUAGGCCAGCAGGAGUCUGAAUAUAAUCAGAACUUGAAUAUUUCUGGCGACGAACCGCCACCGGGGUUGGCUAGAAUGGUGCCUGGACAACAGACUGAAGCUGAGAAUGCAUACAAUCAGUCUGCCGAUAAUUAUCUAGAUCGCCAUAUUGACGGACAACCGACCGAUAGUGGCGCUCGGCCGUACCGCCAGGCCGACGGGCAACAAACCCCAGACAAUUACACGCAGCCAGCGCCUACACGCGGCGCGGAGAGGCGCCCCGUCGGCCUCGACAGGAUGGUGCCGGGCGAGCCCAGCAACGACGAGUACUCGCAAUACCAGGGAUCUAACUACGCCGCGAACGAGCAUCGCGUGGUCACUGGAUUGGACCAUGACUUUUCUAUGCCAAGUGAUUCGGGGCCACCUGAUGUCAGAGAGCAGAAUGUGGAUGGUUCUGAUUACACUGAACAGAGUGCGAGAAAUCCCUCGAGAAACAUUAUCGGUGCCAGAGAGUCCAGCAAUGACACAUCGCCCGACUUCAACGCUCCACCAGAUGAGCAGCAGAGAGAAGUCACCAUGGAGGGUGAAAAUCUGCAAGACCUUAGUAUCAUUUCAUCAACGGAACUCACUUACUCACGUGAACAGGUGUUGGAUGGCGCCGACAUUACGCUUACGGACAUCCCUACGGACCGUAAGACGGACUUAUCUGAUUCUAUCGACCAUCCGACCACAAGUUCGAGGCGGCAGUCUCUGAAUAGAGUUAAUAGCUCAGGAGAGGAUUCUGAACGAGAUAGAGCGUUCAAAUCAUCACCGAGGAGGGAUAAGCAUAAAUCGACUAGAGACAGAGACCAAAAGCGCGACAGGGACCGCGAUAGGGAGCGAGACAGAGACCGCGAAGACGGUAGGUAUUCCCGCGGGGACCGGAAGUACGAGGCUGACAGACGAUCUGUCAGGGAAGACCGGCGCGCAGACAAGGAGCGCCGCGACGGCCGCGAGCGCCGCGACGACAGCCCCGACGCCCGCCGCGCCCGCCGCGCCGCCCGCCACCACCGCUACGAGACCGAGGACACCGACUACUACAGCGACCGCGACAGAGAUCGAAGGCGGCACCGUGAAGGUUCGUACACAUCGUCGAAACCGCCGCGUGCGGACGACAAAGAGCGAAGGUACGGCUCGGAGCGGGACCGCAGCAAGCGGUACCACACGCUGGAGCGCGAGCGGCGCCACGAGGCGGAGCGCUCGGCGCGGCGCCCGCGCGAGCGCUACGAGCGCGCCUACCGCGACAUCGACGUCGCGCGCACCCACGCCGGCCAGCGCGCCCGCGACUCGCGCAGAGGCGAGUUCUCGUCGCCGCCGCGGGCCGACUCGCGCGAGGCCACGGACGACGACGCGGCCGACGCGCGCCGCCGCGCCGACCGCCGCGCGCGCCGAACCGCCGACCCCUUCUACGACGAGUACGGCGCGUACGCGGACCCGUACCUGGCGCAGCGGCAGCAGUACGCGUACUACGAGCAGCUGCGCCUGCGCGACCCCGCCGCCUACAUGCUGGUGUACAAGCAGCUGCUGGCGGGCCACGCGCCGCCCGCGCCGCCCUCGGCGCCCUACGACGCGUUCGGCUCGGAGCUGGGCGCGGGCUACGAGGCGCGGCGCGAGGACCGCGCCAGCGUGCACUCGGGCCGCUCCUCCGCCGCCGGCCUCAAGGGCAACGACACGUACUGCUUCCGGCCGCGCGAGCUGCGCGACGCGCCCGACCUGCGCGCAGACCUCUCCGACAGGGAGCUGACCACGGACAUGUCGCUCAACCUGCACCUGGAGGAGUCGACGGUGCGCUCGGAGAGGAUGACGCCGUUCCGCUACUCCACCGCGCACAUCAAGGGCAGCGUGGGCGUGCGCGACGUGGUGGUGGUGCGCGCGGCCUACCCCGUGGACGGCGCGCCCGCCACCGUGCACGUGCUGUCGCUGGCCGCCGCGCUGCGCCACCUGCCCGCCGCCGCCGAGCUGGCCGCCUUCCCCGGCCCGCUGCUCAAAGGUGUGACGCACAAGAAGAGCGUCAUCGACUACUGCGAGCUGCGCGUGCGCAGCGCCGAGAAGGAAGGCGCGCGUGACGUCACCGGCUACGUGCUGCUGUGGAGCCUGCUGGCGCUCAUGCUCAGGCAGAACGGGGUGGUGGUGGGCACCGACAUAGCCGAGCUCCUCAUGAAGAACGCGACAGAAUACGAGUACAAAGUGCCCGCUGCGAAGUCUCGAAAUGAGAGUAGACGAGGUUCUUCCAUGUCGGGCGAGGGCCGCGAUGGACGCGAAGAGGAGCUGCGGAGCUCUUCUCCCGACCAGCCAUCUUUAUCCAUGUCAGAAAACCUGAACCAGGAGUGGUCGAGUUCUCCCGGGCAGGCGGCGGUGGACGAGCGCGCCGCACUGGACCGUCUGCGCGAACUGCUCAUAUACGGCAACAGGCAGGAAGCCAUCGAGUGGGCGAUGAGCACCGGGCUGUGGGGGCACGCGCUGCAGCUGUCGUGGCACGCCGCCCGCCGCGUGCGCGCGCACGUGGCGGCGCGCUUCCUGCACGCGCUGCCGCGCACGGACCCGCUGCACACGCUGUACGCCGCGCUGCAGGCCGCGCCGCCGCCCGCCGCCACCGCGCUGGCCGACGAGCGCUGGGCCGACUGGCGCCCGCACGCCGCCGUGCUGCUGGCCAACCCCUCCGCGCGCGCCGACCACGACCGCCGCACGCUCGCCCAGCUCGGCGACAGCCUGGCCUCGCGCGGCCUGCUGUACAGCGCGCAGGUGUGCUACGUGUCGGCCGGCGUGCAGCUGGCGCGGCACCCGCUGGCGCCGCUGUGGGGGCCGGGCGCCGCCGCGCCGCGCCUGGCGCUGCUGCUGGCCGACCCCCGCGCCGCCACGCUCGACCAGCUCGCGCACAACAAGGCGCUGUUCGCCACCGAGGUCUACGAGUACGCGCUCUCGCUCAACCAAGACGACUUUGUUAUCACUGAACUACAGCCGUACAAGCUGUUACUGUCGUGCCGGCUGCUGGACUGCGGGCAGUACGAGCGGGCGCUGGCGUACGUCGAGGCAUGCGGCCGCGCCGUCGCCCGCCAGCCCGCCGCCUACCCCCCCGCGCUGCUGGCGCAGCUCGCCACGCUCGCCGACAGGCUGAAGUACCACGACCCGGCGCUGGGCGCGGAGGGCGCGGAGGAGGCGGACAGCGGCCCCGCCUCGCCGCGCCACCACUGGCUCAGCGACGUCGCGCAGCGAGCCGAGCAGGCGGCGUCGCAGCAGAGCAGUCCGCAGCACGUGUACCAGCAGCCGCAGCCGCAGUUCGGCUGGAGUGAGCAGCAGGUACGCGCGGACCCGCCGCACGGGCAGGCGCAGCAGUACGCGGCCGCCGAGCCGCCGCCGCUUGCCGAGCCGCCCGAGCCCGCGCCGCAGCACCACCCGCCGCCGCCCGAGGACACCCAGCACUACGCCGGCUACGAGGACUGGGGGCGCGAGGAGCCGGCGCAGCAGUACGCCGACCCCUACUGGCAGCCCGACCACUACCACUACACCGAGGGCGGCGCGGGAGGCGGGGCGGCGGGCGGGGCGGCGGGCGGGGCGGAGGGCGGGGCGGAGGAGACGCCCACCAUCACGAUGCCGGGCGCCAGCAAGCCGCGCGCGCCCUACUACGCGGACUACGACGAGCCGCCGCAGGAUAACCACCAGCAGCCGGCGGAGCGCGAGGAGUCGGGCGGCGCCAGGAAGCAGGAGGGCAAGCCGAAGGAGGAGGGCAAGGGCAAGGGCAGCGGCUGGCUGGGCGGCAUCCUCACCAAGCUGUCGCUGCGCCCGCCCAACCAGAUGAUCCUGCCCGACGACAAGAACCCCACCAUCGUGUGGGACGCGGAGCACAAGCGCUGGCGCAACCUGGACGGCGACGCCGACGCCAGCGAGCCGCCGCCGCCGCCGCCCACCGCCGCGCAGCUGCCGCCCGCGCUCAGGAGCACGUCGCCGCCGCUGUCGGCGCCGCCCGGGGCACCGCCCGCCGCGCCCGUCUCUAACAUAUUCAAAAUGCAGAAAGGACGACACAUAAAGAAGUCGUACGUGGACGUGUUCAACCCCGGCGGCGCCGCGCGGCCGCUGCCGCCGGCGGGCGAGGUGCUGGGCCCCGCGCCGCCGCCGCUGGCGCCCACCAACUACUUCGUGCCCGCGCCGCUGCCAAACAGCGGCGUGUACGAGCCUUCCAUGGUGGAGAGCGAGCAGGAGGCGUACGAGCGCAGCGGCAUCUAGCGCGGCACGACAUCAUUCCGCGAUCUUGAUCAAAUCAUGUUAUAUGGAAGUAUUCGUCACCCACGUUACAAUACCUACUAUAGAGUAAAGCAUUAGUCAACAACAUGUGUCGCACUGUGUGAGGAACCUAAUCACUGUGCUGUCAGUAUACAUCAUGGUAAUGUUUGUACACUCAUGCUGGUCGCGGUAUAAAACUUACAAGGAUAUAUAGCUUGUGGUUUACUUUAAGAAUAUGGCUAACAUAUUUCAUAACAAAAGUAAUACAUACUACUUAUAAGCAGAAAGUGCUUGGUAGCGUCUGCUAGAUACUCUAUGCCUGUGGGCCGCAGCGCCGGCGCACUGACACGUGCUACUGUUACUGUAUAUUGUAUAUGAUAAACAAACACGUUCCAUUAUUUUUCUUUUUUCCUCAUUCUUUAUACUCAAUGUCUUACGGAAAUGGAUUUUAUGUUAAAUUAUAUUAUAGUUAGAAAGAAACCAAUGGUAUUUUGAUUCGACACAUAAAUUGUAUUAUUUAAUAAAAAUGAUGUAAUUUAAUGUAUUAUUUCUAUAUUGCUUUCAUAUUUGUUGUCAAUUUAUUUUCUAUUAGUAUUAGUGGUAACAAGUUGUGAUUCGUCCAUUGUUUAGUUUCGUCGGGGUUGUGUUUCGUGUGGAUCGGUCAGGUGGUGGGGAUGGCACCGGACAGCUACCGGCCUGAAGCGGCGCUCGCGCAGCCUCUGCACGGAUACAUUGUAUAAAGUGUUAAAUGCCUUAGUAAUCCAUAAAUAGGCGUUCAUUUGUAUAAAAGCAUAUAUGUAGUUUCGGUUUAUAUGUAUAUUGGAGUGAAGACAGGCGGGGGACACGUCUGGUUUGCAUUGUAUUAUAUGACGAUUCAAAACUUAUGGAAAAUAUUUAAAUAAAAUGUUUAUGUUAUGCUUA